AUGACCAGAAACACAAACUUUGUUUUUUUAACGCUUGCAGUGCUAGACAGCAAGAAGAAUAAUCCUAUGUCAGCUAGGGGUAAUCAUAGUUUAGCUGUUGUGAAAGCAUCGGAAAACUAUGAGGUACUGAAGGAAGCAUUUGGCAAUAUAUUCAAUAGAAUAAACACACUAAACAGGGAGACACAUAUUAGAGUAGGUGAGAAAAUUAUCAACCUUGAAUUGUUUUUUUGGUGGAGAUUAUAAGUUUAUCCUGAUGGUGUUAGGGUUACAAAAUGCUACUUGUAACCAUCUUGCAUUUGGUGCAAGGUUCGUAAGGAUGAUCGAUGGAACAUGUCGCAUGACCUCCGUCAUUUCAAUGAAGGACCUUUAAGGCGGACUAUGAAAGAGAUUAAGGAAAUGGCGAGUAAGUCGAAAAAUAAUUAUUGUUGUGUCAGGCGGCCGUUGGUGGAAAUUGAUCUGGAUCAUAUCGUUCUAGAUGAGUUGCAUUUGAUGUUGAGAGUGGCAGAUGUUUUAAUGGAUAACCUGAUAGAAGAUGUUUUAGAAUGGGAUAAGACAGAGGAUAUGAGUAAGAAGAGAAAUGAAGAAAGAGGAAUUCACCUUAGUACACUGAUUAACACUGUAAGGUCAUGUGGUGUAAGUUUUAACAUUUGGCAGAAAAAGAAUGCUGAUGGGAAAAGUUCUGGGAAGUAUGAUUGUACAAGCUUGCUUGGCAAUGAUAAGAAGAUUUUGUUGCAUGUGUUACCAGGCAAGUUAAGAAUGGCAAUCCAAGAGGAAACCUGUGACACAGUCAUUAAACUUUGGUCAGAUUUCAAUGAGCUCUACAAAAUAAUUAGUAAAGAAGACCCAACUACAGAAGAUAUCGAGAACUACUUUGAGCAAGCAACGACUUGGGUCAAGUUAUUCCUCUCAUUGAGUGGCAAGCGUAAAGGGUACAACAGAGCAAGAGUGACACCUUACAUGCAUAUAAUGGUGUAUCAUAUUCCCCACUUUUUUAGUCUCUUUAAGACAAUUAAAAUCUUUACAGGACAGGGUGUUGAAAGAAACAACGAUGUGGCUCGUAGCACUGUCAUGCGGAAGUCGAAUAAGUGGGAUUGUACGCGUGAUGUUUUAAGGUCAGAGGCAAGGCAAAGGGAACUUAGUCAGCAUGAGCGUAGCAAGAGAACAUAUGAGAAAGUGAAUAAAAUGUACUGGGAGACUGGAAGUUUGGAAAGUAGACAGGAAAAAAGGAAUAGGACUGAAGACCAGUUUAAUUAACCCAUUGAGUCGCAUUGCGCCCUGAUGCACGCUACUUUAUUGUUGUGCUCUGUCUUACGCCAGAUGAUUUUACUAGUCAAGGGGAGAAUGCUGGCGCUUAAUGGGUUAAUUAUGGUUAUGAACUUCACAGAAGUGAGAAUGAAGCCUCUAAUUUCUAACCUUAAGUUUCUUAUAAGGUGCUUAAUUAAUUUUGUUUGUAGUGCAUAUCUAUUUUAAUGUUUCCACAUAUUAAUAUUCAGAUUUACAAAUUGAAAGCUUUGUGAAAUAAUGUUGUUACUGUAAGCACUAACAAUAUAUUGAUCUUUUAAUGCAAACUGCAACCAAGAUUAUCUAUGUGCAGCAUAGGAAAAUACUGCUGCAAAGUUUAACUAUAUUUAUUAGCAAACACCCUGAAGCCAGAGAAUUAUUGAAUGAUCAAACUUUGCAGUAUAGAGCCUUUUUUAAUAUUUUACAGUCAAACCAGAUGUUCUCUUGCGAGCAAAAUAGGACAGGAGCAACAUUCUCUUGCGAACGACAUUCUCUUGCGAACAACAUAGGCAGAUUGCCCUGAGCAAUUUCCAAGCAACGCAAACAAUUGAAAUUGAAAUUCACAAUAGAUUUGUAAACAAAGCCUUUGAUUGGACUAUAAGAAAAAGGGAAGCUCCAAUCCAGUUGCUCAGACUAUUUGAUUGGCUUCCUUUCUGCUAAUAGUCCAAUCAGAGGCUUUGUUUACAAACCUUUUGUGAAUCUCAACUUGCAAUUUGUUCUCAUCGUUUGCAAAUUGUUCAGAGCAAUCUGCCUAUCAAAAUUGCAAUAUUGUGGGACAAUAUAGCAGUGUUGCUUGCAAGGGAACAUCAGGUUUGACUGUAAAUACAGUAUCAAAGUUCUAUGUUGUCAGCAUUGGGCAUAUUUCUGUGAUUUUCUGUCAACAUACAAAUCACUUGGGUAAGUUUUUGGCAGCCUAAAUUAUAGAAUACAUUUCCUAUCACCUUUUUUCGUGCAAACACCAGUUUUGUUUGUUAUAUCUCAGGCUUGUGAAAACUUACCCAAGUGAUUUGCUAUAA